UGCCUCAGGUUGGUCUCGCACUGGCUGCCAUCUUGGCCGAGGGACGGAGGAGCUGCUACGCCGCCGUGCCCGAUUCAAGAUCCAGCCCAUAUUAUGGCUGGCAGUGGAUCCAGAUCAGGACAAUCCAGUGGGUUUUCCAUGAAAUCACAGCUUCAGAUCACUGUUAUUUCAGCAAAACUAAAAGAAAAAAAUAAAUGGUUCGGACCUAGCCCUUAUGUGGAAGUCUCAGUAGAUGGACAGUCAAAGAAGACAGAAAAAUGCAACAAUACAAAUAGCCCAAAGUGGAAACAGCAUCUCACAGUAAUUGUCACUCCUCUAAGUAAAUUAAACUUUCGAGUCUGGAGCCAUCAAACGUUAAAAUCGGAUGUCCUUCUGGGAAGUGCUGCUCUGGAUAUUCAUGAGACUUUGAAAUCAAACAGUAUGAAACUUGAGCAGGUGGUGGUGACAUUGCAUCUUGUUGGUGACCGAGAGCCUGCAGAGGUGGUGGGAGAUCUCUCUGUCUGUCUGGAUGGGAUGCAGGUGGAUCCUGAGCUCCUGACCAAUGGAGAGGCCUCAAGUACAAGAAGUCCCACACAGAACGACGGCUCCAAAGUAAAGAAUGAUACACGGACUAACUCAAAUGGCCUUGAAAGCUGUGAAGAUGCUGCUGCCAAUGAAAACAAGACUGUUAAUGGCAGUGAUUCUCCCUUACUCACCAAUGGGAACUGCAAACCUGCUCGACCUCCCAGACCUUCUCGGCCACCUCCGCCCACUCCCCGCAGACCCCCCUCAGUACCUGCAAGUGUAAAUGGUCCUUCACCCACCUCCACAGAGAACGAAGGGGCCGGUGCGGGCUCAGCGGCGGCUGCGGCCCCAAACUCCUCCCCAGAGCAGAGCCCGGAGGGAGCAGCAGCCCCCACAGCAGCCUCCACCUCAGCUCCUGCCACGGCCGCGCUCACCACCCCCCCGGUGUCCCGCCAGGUCCAGCCAGUGAAUCCUCCCCCUCAAGCACUUACCACAGUCAGUCAAGGUCCUCUUCCACCUGGUUGGGAGCAAAGAGUAGACCAGCAUGGUCGAGUGUACUAUGUAGAUCAUGUUGAAAAACGAACAACGUGGGAUCGACCAGAGCCUCUUCCUCCAAGCUGGGAGCGACGUGUUGACAACAUGGGGAGGAUUUAUUACGUUGACCACUUCACUAGAACGACGACGUGGCAGAGACCAACACUGGAGUCUGUCCGGAAUUACGAGCAGUGGCAGCUUCAGCGCAGCCAGCUCCAGGGAGCCAUGCAGCAGUUUAAUCAGAGGUUUAUCUACGGGAACCAGGACUUUUCAUCCACACAGAACAAAGAGUUUGAUCCCCUUGGCCCUCUGCCACAUGGAUGGGAAAAGAGAACUGACAGCAAUGGCAGAGUGUAUUUUGUCAAUCACAACACACGGAUCACGCAGUGGGAAGACCCCAGGAGUCAAGGCCAAUUAAAUGAGAAACCAUUACCAGAGGGCUGGGAAAUGCGAUUUACCGUGGAUGGGAUUCCCUAUUUUGUGGAUCACAACAGAAGAACCACGACGUAUAUAGAUCCCCGCACGGGCAAGUCUGCUCUAGACAACGGACCCCAGAUCGCCUACGUGCGGGAUUUCAAGGCAAAGGUCCAUUAUUUCAGGUUCUGGUGUCAGCAACUGGCGCUGCCCCAACACAUAAAGAUCACAGUGAGCAGAAAAACGUUAUUCGAAGACUCGUUUCAACAGAUAAUGAGCUUCAGCCCUCAGGAUCUACGGAGACGUUUAUGGGUUAUUUUCCCUGGUGAAGAAGGCUUAGAUUAUGGUGGUGUUGCAAGGGAAUGGUUCUUUCUGUUGUCACAUGAAGUUUUGAACCCAAUGUAUUGCCUGUUUGAAUACGCAGGGAAAGAUAACUACUGCUUACAGAUAAACCCAGCCUCUUACAUUAACCCAGACCACCUGAAAUACUUCCGAUUUAUUGGAAGAUUCAUUGCCAUGGCUUUGUUCCAUGGGAAAUUCAUUGACACUGGUUUCUCUCUGCCCUUCUAUAAACGUAUCCUAAACAAGCCAGUGGGACUCAAGGAUUUAGAAUCUGUUGACCCAGAGUUUUACAACUCUCUCAUCUGGGUAAAAGAGAAUGAUAUUGAAGAAUGUGGCUUGGAAAUGUUUUUCUCGGUUGAUAAAGAAAUUCUAGGUGAAAUCAAAAGCCAUGAUUUGAAGCCAAACGGUAGCAACAUUCUGGUCACAGAAGAAAACAAAGAAGAAUACAUUAGGCUGGUAGCAGAAUGGAGACUCUCCCGAGGUGUUGAGGAGCAGACACAGGCUUUCUUUGAAGGCUUCAACGAAAUUCUGCCACAACAGUAUUUGCAGUAUUUUGAUGCUAAAGAAUUGGAGGUGCUUCUGUGUGGAAUGCAAGAAAUAGAUUUGAAUGACUGGCAGAGACAUACCAUCUACCGGCACUACACCAGGACCAGCAGACAGAUAAUAUGGUUCUGGCAGUUUGUGAAAGAAAUAGAUAAUGAGAAGAGAAUGAGACUCCUGCAGUUUGUUACUGGAACAUGCAGAUUACCAGUGGGAGGAUUUGUUGACCUCAUGGGGAGCAACGGACCCCAGAAAUUCUGUAUUGAAAAAGUUGGAAAGGAAAACUGGUUACCCAGAAGUCAUACCUGUUUCAAUCGCUUAGACCUUCCACCCUACAAGAAUUAUGAGCAGUUGAAGGAAAAGCUGUUGUUUGCAAUUGAAGAAACAGAAGGAUUUGGGCAAGAGUAGCUAAAAUUUGCACCUUGAAGAAUGUGAACUCAACACGAUGGAUGUUCUUCACUUCUUCUGCUUGUUGCACACUUCAUUGUAAAGUAGACUUGACUUGGAUUUAUUUAACAAUACUAAUGUGUAAGUAAAUGGAUGUUAUCCUGAGGUUUUAUCCACGUUAACUCUGGAUUUCUACUGAGCACUUUCAGAAAUCAAAUGAGCAAUCAGAUAUGGCUACAAAUAAUGAUGACUGAGGUAGAGGUUUAAUGCAGCUUUGGGCUCUGCUUUGUUUUACCAUUCAUUAAUUAGAAUGUGUCCUUAACGACAGACACAUUUUUAACAAUAGUUUUGUCUUUCCUUUUUAGUAGCAUUUUUUGCUACUGAUGCACUGGGAAGUUCAUUGGUAGCUGCAAUGCUGCAGCAGCAUCAUAACCCUCUUUCCAGCAGUGUAAUUAGAGCCAGCCUGUAACGAUCCUCUGCGUGUACCGUGAGCAAAUCCAUCGCUAAAGCUCUCUUUUCUAUCUCAAGUGUGGCCAGACUGUUUUUAUCUCCCCGCCUGGAGUCUGCUCACAUGCCAGCUGGACUCAAGCUGCUGUUUAAGGGGAUGUCACACUGUGGCACAAAUCCAGGGCAGAGCUUUGCUUUGAUUGGUUGUUUUUUGUUUUGUUGUUUUUUGUUUUUUUUCCCGAAUCCUGCGAAUUUCAGCAAAACAGACACCCGCCCAAAGUUGUUGGAACAUUUCUGUGUGCCCUCAGAAGAAUUCUGAUCUUUUUCUGUGUAACACAUUUAACUUUUAAAUCCAUUUAACACUGUGGUACUUCACUUGUUUUGCAAAAGACAAGGCCACCUGGGAUUGCACUGAUUCCACUCAGAUUCCUGUUUGCAGACUGAUCUUUCUUGUCGAAAGUGUUAACAGCCAUUAUUCUCAGUGUUAUUCUUACAUGUAGCAGUCAGUUUGCUGGGAAGACUUUAUUGGGUUCUCGGGAAGAGAUGCAAAACAACUGGAUUUGGGAAAUGGUAAUACUUAUCAUUUUGCCUGUGAACUGAUACACGAUACUGGCUAAAGCUGGGAGGAUUGGAAAAUUCAGACACGGAUGACAGAUUUUUUGGAAAAGCUGGAGCAUCAGUACAUAGUUCUAUAAAGAUUAAAACUAAAGUUUUUGGGGGAGGUUUGUAAGCUAUUUCACCCUGAACUGCUUAUAGCUAGUAACGUUGGUGAGUUCCUAUUGGAUUAGUAACAUCUUUGGCUUCCUUUUAGAAUAUGUUAGCAUUCCAUUCUCUUCUGGUUUACAGUAACAUUUUGCAUUUUACUGCUCCUUUAGACUGAAUGCACUUUUUGGGUAUGGUCAGCCCUUUCCUUACCCAGAGGGAGGAGAGCAGAGGUCAGUGAGCGGGGGUGCUAGCCACAGAGAGGGAUGUGACACUCGAAAUAGCGCGUAUUACAGCGUAAGCGCAGCUCAAAGCUUUGGGACAGGAGCUGGUUAUAAGGGGCUUCUAAAUAUUGAAGCUGAACCAGGACUGUGGGAAACUGUAAAACUGAACUUCCAGGCUUGCAGAGAGUACCUCUUCCCUGCUGUCCCUUCUCUCUGAGGGAAAAACUGAUUCAGGCCUAAGAAGAACCAAGACACUACAGUUUUUAACUGAUUUCAGGAGUUUUUCAGGUCGUAGAACAGAUGCUCAUUGGAAGGCAGAAUGAUCUGACUUCAGAGUGAGUAGCUCUUCUGUCGUGCGUACUCUAGAAACGGCACGGAAAAGAGUUUCUGCUGAUACAGAAAUGACUUUCCUACAGUUCCACUGAUGGUGAGAAUUAACCUCACCUCGUGGCUUUAGGAGGAGGAAAACCUGCCAACUUCAAAACACAUGAUGGGUAUAUUACAGUAUACAGCUCACAAAGAGAAAAAAAAAAAGCCUUAUAAAUAUUUUCUGUUUAUAUUAAUUCUUACAAGGAAAUGUAGUUAUCUAACAUAUUUACAAGAGAGAUUAAAUUAAGCAAGAUAAUGCAAGAUUAAGCUAUGAAAAAUAGUCAGUGUUCUGCAUAAUGCUUUAUGAUUCGUGUAGGGAACCUAGAGGUAUUGUUAAUGUAUAAAUAUCACCCAAAAGGCUUUCAGCCCUAUAUUUUUAAAAUAAAGAAUAGUUAUAAUUGAAAUAGCCUUAGCCCUAGUUCUAUAGGGUAUGGCUGUUUAAUAUUUUUAUGGUCGAAAUGUUUUAGUUCAGGAAAAAGGUAAAUGCUUGUAUAUAUUUUUGCAGUCCGGGAUUCCACUUACUCCAUUUUUCUUUCUUUAAUUUAAAUGGCAUGUUUAUAUGUCUUUUCUGCUGUAUUAGGAUGGGGGCUGGAUAUCCCAAGCACCAGAUACAAUUUUAAAACAUUACAAAUAAAGAAUUCAUUGGGGGAGUGGGAGGGGGGGAGGAGGGGAAUAAUCUGUGAAACAUUGGAUUUACCCAAAAUAUACGAAAUUUAAAGCAACUUUACUGUGUUGAAUUGGCAAUAUUUCCGAAGUCAGAGGUUAAGACCACUGAGGCAUUUUACUCUGUCGGUGUUGUGAACACGAACAAAUCUGUUCAGUUUUUACAGCAUGUUCUGUAGAAAUAAACAAGAAUUAAUAUAAGCCCCUGGUGCACUUUUCUGUUCUUUAUGGGGAUCUGGUGAAAACAACAUGCGGAUGAGUCCACAGCAUCUGAUAGCCCAGAUAAUAGUUAUCAUCAAUUGGACCUGAAAGUAAGAUUUUCAGCAGAGAUUAAUUAAUUUAUCUCCCUCUACUUCAGCUGAUUUAGCAGCCUGAGCUGCAUAAAUUCAUAUGAUGUCACAAAUCUAUAUUCAUACACAACUGUCAAUUGAUCCCAAUUUUCAAGUAUUAAAAUAACUUUGAUUUAGAAUUCUGCCUUAUGAGAGUGACGUGAGGAAAUGAAAUGCUGAGCUGCUGAUCUAAGAAUUAACAAAGCCUUAUUGUUCUGGGUAGCUCAGGAAAUGUUAAUAUACUAAUGAAAUGCACAGUAAAUGUGACAUAGAAUGGUUUGGGUUGGAAGACAUGGUCAUGUCUUCACCCAUCUAGAAUGGAAGCUGUUUGGUUUUUUUAAUCCAGUUGCUUGUGUUUAAAAAAAAAAAAAAAGGAAAAAGCUUUUUUUAUUAUUCACAGAAAAAAAAAUAAAUGCUUGUUUAAUAUUUUUUGUUUGAAUUUUUAUUACAUGCUGCACUGGAUUUGUAAUCUCAGCUCUCUCUGUUCUGUUGGUAUCUCCAGCCCCCUUUUUUCUGAUGUCUUUUAAUUUUCUUCAAGAAUCACUGUUUGUGUAUAUGUGCUCUAGUGAACUCCUGUAGGAUCUGGGAUCAGCAGCACUGGAUUGUAAAAUACUGUACUGAAAUUCAUUGUUGAAAUUUCCUUGCAUUGUAAUUUCAAAUACUCAGGUAACUGUAACAGUAUCUCAGCAAGUCAAAUACUUUUAUAAAACUACUCAAAGA